UGAAGUAAGCCGGUUUACAACUUUGCAGAAAUAAGUGAACCGGAUUUAGCGGAUACGGGAAGCCCGAACGCUCAUUUCGUUUUUAUCUUCAAGUUUUUGUCAAAAACCCACUAGCCUUCUAUUUGAUCUAUGAAUCAGGUGUAUUAAACUAAUUAUAAGAAUAAUCUAGUGAAAUUAUCUCAUUAGAAACUAAGCUUGUAGCAGAUCCAAAUGGAGCUGCAAGCAUUACUGGUUCUGGGAGGAUUGGGGGUGGCUGGCAUAGCAGUUCUCCUAUUGAUGGGACUGUUCUCAGCCUCAGGCACUAGCUAUGAAGAGGCUAUUGCACAACAACGUAAAGCAGCUACUGAGUUGUUGGCAUUAGCAGAAAACAAAAGCAAGUCGAAGAAAAAUGUGAAGAAGAAGGAUAAGAAGCUGGCCAAGAAAGAGAAGAGCAAGGAGAACUCUGGUACAACAGGCAGUGAAAUCGACAGUGAGGCCCCAGCUGAGAGUGGUCUAGAAGAUGACCCCACUCCACCAACUAAGGGACAUGUCGAAUUCUCCCCACCUGUUGUUGUUGAUGUACCCAGGGAUGCACCCCCUAAUGUUAAGAUACGCAAACGUGGCAAGGAUCCUAAGGUAAAGCCGAUUCUGUUGAACAAAGAGGAUCCGAGUUGCGUUAGUGAUCCGAGCACGGUCCCAGUGGCCGCCAAUACCACUGUCGCUAACCAUUUUGAGGAAAUGCAUCCAAAAGAUGAAAUUGAAUUGAUGCAAUCGGCCCUAUCAACUGAAAAAGUCGUCGAAAAAGUUGAGGAACCUGUUGACAAGAAGGAAGCAAAGCCUACAAAACCUCAAAAAACUGGCAAAGGUGCUCCUAAAGCAACUUCAUCCCCUGAGCUUAAAGAAGAAACAAAAGAAAAAAACAACACUGGGGACGCACCCAAGGAGCAACGUAAAGGUAAAAAAGAGAAGAAGCCUCAUGAUGAAGCAGCGGAAGUAGCACAACAGGAGAUUGUUCCACCAUUGAACAUACCACAGCCGACCGAGCUGACCACCGAAAAACUUCUGAAACAAGCAUUAGUUGUCGCACCUCCUGCGCCGUCGCCUCCAGCUAGCAAGGGGAAGAAGAAAAAACAAGAACCUAAUGUCCUCACGCUCAUGGUUGGCGACCACGGUGGCGUAAACGUUGGCGAGCUGGUGCGCGUUGUCCGCGAGGCUUCGCUCUCUCGUACAGAGAUACAGAUCCUGACCGACGCAUUGCUCGACAAACACCAUGAUCCUCUACCCGAACAUUCCGAAUGGUCCGAGGGCCCAAAUGAUCCAGUUCAGAAAUUGAAGAAGCAGUUAGCCGACAAAGAAAAGGCGCUGGCCGAUGAAGUUGAAGCUUCCCAAGCUUUGCAAGCCAAAUUGAAGGAAUUACGAACGAGCCUGAACGCAGAGCGCAGCCGGGCGAGCGGCGCCGUACGCACGCUGGAGGCGGAGCGCGCCCGCCACGAGCAGGCCGCGGCCGCCGCGCGCGUCGACCUGCACACGCACCAGGCGCGCCUGCAGCGGCUGCUCGACGACAACCACCAGCUCGCACAGGAGAAGCUUCACUUGCAAUCGCAAUUGAAUGCAGAAGCGGAAGUUCAAGCUCAACGAGUCCAGAUGGAGGUGCACAUUAAGCGAUUAACAGAGUCGGAGGCGGCGCUGGUGCAGCAGCUGGCGGGGCUGCAGAGCGAGGCGGCCGCGCACGCGCACGACGCCCGCCAGACGCGCCUCGAGCUGGGCGCCGCCCGCGACGCGCUGCUCAUGGCGCAGCAGCACGCCGCCGAACUGGCGCAACAACUGCAGGAUGCAAACCGUGCAUACACCGAACUAGAGCAGCACUCGCAACAAGAAAGAAGGCAAUUACAGGAACGACUCGCUGAGCUUCAAAAUGAAGUCCAGAGAUUGGCGAAUCAUGCUCAAACAGUCGAAGCGAACACAGAGAAACUAAAACAAGAAAGUGAAAAACAAAAACAACAGCUAUCCAAUGAGAUCAAAAUAAUAGGGGAGCAGCUGUCCGCACGCGAGGCCGAGCUCGCUGAGCUCAAACAGAUAAAGGCGGUGCCCGCACAGAACGGCUUGACGGCGGAUGACAAUGAACAAAAGAUAAGCAAAUCGGAGUUCGCGAAGGUGGAGAGCGUGGUGGCGGCGCUGCGCAGCGAGCUGGAGUCGGCGCAGGGCAGCAGCCGCGAGCAGCGCGACCAGCUCGAGCGGCUGCGCGACGAGCUGCACCGCCACAAGCACAAGAACGACGAGUUGCGAACUAAAAACUGGAAAGUAAUGGAGGCGUUACAGUCUGCCGAAAAGGCUCUCCAGUCGAGAACGGCAAGCGCGUUGCCGGCCCAAGACUCGUUGCGUGAGGCAGUGGCGAAGGCGCAAGAAACGCAACUGGCUGAAGUGGCCGCUGUGUUACGCGCCGCCUGCCCCGCCGCCGCGCCCCAUGACCCCUGCGCAGACCUCGCCUGGUUGAGAACCUUCGCCGACAACCUCGGACAAUUGCUGCUGCAGCAGAAGGACUUGCUGCUCAAGGAGACCGAGAAGCAGGCGACAGUGGUCACGGCGCCGCCCUCUGACGACCGACUCAAGGAGCUGGCCGAUCAGAACGAACACCUCCAGGGUCUCGUCGACAAAUACAAGACGAUCAUAGACGACACGGAGGGCGUGUUAAGCCGGCUACAGCAAAACGUGACGACAGAGGAACAGCGAUGGGCGCAACAGCUCGCCGACAAACAGCGGGAACUCGAUGAACUACGUCAGAGAACUGUUUCGCAGAUGCAGAAAAAGAUUGAUUCGUUGCAAGAAGAACUGGCGCAGGCCAAAUCAGCGCGACACAAUCACACGUUCGCCGACGCCGAGCGUCUCGCCGAGGAAAGACUGAUGGCGGGUUUGUCUGAUAAACAUACGGAUAUCAGCAACGGACCGUUACAGCUCGGCUUGGAAAAUAAAUAGCACUUGGAAACAGGAAGCUUGUACAAAGCGAUGUCGAGUGAUCAUUCCUAUCCGGAGAGCGACUGCCCGUGUAGGUAGCAUGCGGCGCGCUCCUAUACUUACGAUUAUUCGAUAAAUAAUUAUAAGUUUGUAAAGGACUCACAUCCGUUACUGUUACUCCCUCCAGUUUAAAAGGAAUCUAAUUUCGUCAAUGUCGCUCGUUCUUGUAUCUCAUUUCACUUUCAUCAACAGUUUAGUAACUAAAAUCUUUGUUUUAGUUUUUAUUUUUUUGUAAUGCCGUCCACUUAUACUCAAUAUUUGUUGGUGUAGUAAGAUACUUUGAUAAUGAUCUUAAAACCAUCCAGCCCAUGUGUCACUGUGUGAUUGUAAUAACACAUUUAAAAAAAAAAAAAGCUUCGAACUUAGAUUCCUAAAUUA